AUGGAUUCAUUGUAUAAAGAAAGAAGAAAACAACAGAUGUUAAGGUUCUUUGGAGCAACAACAUUGACUUUAAUAUCAUGUAGAUUUAUGAUGAAAUUUUUAACACCAAGGGUAGAAUCACCAUUAGUGAAUAAUCUUGUUAAAAAACAAUGUAUGUCAAAGUUGCUUCUUUCUUUCCCUCUUUUUUUAUUUAUUUAUUAUAGAGACAAAUAG